CUGCCGGGCGGCCGCCAUGCGAUCAGGCAGUGCGCUGACCGGCCCGGCCGGUCGGCCCCUUCUGGGUCCUCCCUUUGCAGCCCGUGCGGGGCCGUCUCGGAGACCCCGCGCCGACGGCUGCUCAAACAUCAGGCUGGCCCCCGAAAGGACGCUCCCCAAGUCCCCAGCCGGGGGCCCCGCGUAGACCUGGAGUGGACACCCCCUCCUUCCCUUCAUGAUUCGUUUGUAGCGCAGUGGCGAUGGAUGAUGAGGAUGGGAGAUGCUUACUAGACGUGAUUUGUGACCCCCAGGCCCUCAAUGACUUCUUACAUGGAUCUGAGAAGCUCGACAGCGAUGACCUCCUGGAUAACCCCGGGGAGGCCCCAAGUGCCUUCUAUGAAGGUCCCGGGCUCCAUGUGCAAGAAGCUUCUGGCAACCACUUGAACCCAGAGCCCAGCCAGCCGGCCCCCAGCGUGGACCUUGACUUCUUGGAAGAUGACAUCCUGGGCUCGCCUGCAGCAGGAGGUGGUGGCGGGGGUGGUGGGGGCGCUGACCAGCCCUGCGACAUCCUCCAGCAGAGCCUCCAAGAGGCCAACAUCACUGAGCAGACACUUGAAGCCGAGGCUGAACUGGACCUGGGCCCCUUCCAGCUGCCUACCCUGCAGCCCGCAGAUGGCGGGGCAGGCCCGGCGGGCGCUGGAGGAGCUGCUGCCGUGGCCGCAGGACCCCAGGCCCUCUUCCCAGGCGGUGCCGACCUGCUGGGGCUGCAGGCCCCACCCACGGUGCUGACCCACCAGGCCCUGGUGCCACCCCAGGACGUGGUCAGCAAAGCUCUCAGCGUCCAGCCUUUUCUGCAGCCCGUGGGCCUGGGCAACGUGACCCUGCAGCCCAUCCCCGGCCUCCAAGGCCUGCCCAAUGGCAGCCCCGGGGGUGCCACGGCAGCCACGCUCGGCCUGGCCCCCAUCCAAGUGGUGGGCCAGCCCGUCAUGGCCCUCAACCCGCCCACCUCCCAGCUCCUGGCCAAGCAGGUGCCUGUCAGCGGUUAUCUGGCCUCAGCAGCCGGCCCUUCAGAGCCAGUGACCCUGGCAUCGGCCGGUGUCUCACCCCAGGGGGCAGGGCUGGUCAUCCAGAAGAACCUCCCAGCCGCCGUGGCCACCACGCUCAACGGGAACUCAGUGUUCGGAGGGGCGGGAGCUGCCACGGCCACAGCCAGUGGGGCGCCCUCGGGACAGCCGCUGGCAGUGGCCCCGGGCCUUGGCACGUCGCCGCUGGUUCCUGCGCCCAACGUGAUCCUGCACCGCACGCCCACGCCCAUCCAGCCCAAGCCUGCCGGCGUGCUGCCCCCCAAGCUCUACCAGCUGACACCCAAGCCAUUCGCCCCUGCGGGCGCCACACUCACCAUCCAGGGUGAGGCGGGGGGCCUCCCACAGCAGCCCAAGGCCCCCCAGAACCUGACUUUCAUGGCAGCAGGCAAGGCCGGCCAGAACGUGGUGCUGUCAGGCUUCCCGGCGCCCGCCCUGCAGGCGAACGUCUUCAAGCAGCCUCCUGCCACCACCACCGGGGCGGCCCCGCCACAGCCCCCCGGGGCCCUGAGCAAACCCAUGAGUGUGCACCUCCUGAAUCAGGGCAGCAGCAUCGUCAUCCCCGCCCAGCACAUGCUGCCCGGCCAGAACCAGUUCCUGCUGCCUGGCACGUCGGCGGUCCAGCUCCCGCAGCCGCUCUCGGCCCUGCCGGCCAACGUGGGUGGGCAGAUCCUGGCGGCCGCAGCCCCCCAUGCCAGUGGACAGCUCAUCGCAAACCCCAUCCUCACCAACCAGAACCUGGCCGGCCCGCUGAGCCUGGGCCCCGUGCUGGCCCCCCACUCCGGGGCCCACAGCACCGCCCACAUCCUCUCGGCCGCCCCCAUCCAGGUGGGCCAGCCGGCGCUCUUCCAGAUGCCCGUGUCGCUGGCUGCGGGCAGCCUGCCCACGCAGAGCCAGCCGGCACCCGCCGGCCCCACCGCCACUACCGUCCUCCAGGGGGUCACUCUGCCCCCUAGCGCUGUGGCCAUGCUCAACACCCCCGAGGGUCUGGUGCAGCCGGCCACCCCUGCCGCCGCCGCCACCGGGGAAGCAGCACCUGUCCUCACGGUGCAGACAGCGCCCCAGGCACCCCCCACGGUCAGCACACCGCUGCCUCUGGGCCUCCAGCAGCCACAGGCGCAGCAACAGCAGCCCCCACAGGCCCCUAUCCCGCAGGCUGCCGCCCCGCCUCAGGCCACCACCCCCCAGCCCAGCCCAGGCCUGGCGUCCAGCCCGGAGAAGAUCGUCCUGGGGCAGCCGCCCUCUGGCGCCGCCACGGCCAUCCUCACUCAGGACUCCCUGCAGAUGUUCCUGCCCCAGGAGAGGAGCCAGCAGCCCCUCCCCACAGAGGGCCCCCACCUCUCCGUGCCCGCCUCGGUCAUAGUCAGCGCCCCGCCUCCCGCCCAAGACCCAGCCCCGACCACCCCCGUCGCCAAAGGAGCUGGCCUUGGCCCUCAGGCCCCCGACAGCCAGGCUUCCCCGGCGCCGGCCCCCCAGAUCCCAGCAGCGGCUCCGCUGAAGGGCCCAGGCCCCUCCUCAUCCCCGUCACUACCUCACCAGGCCCCCCUGGGGGACAGCCCCCACCUGCCCUCCCCGCACCCUGCCCGGCCCCCCUCCCGCCCGCCCUCCAGGCCCCACUCCCGCCCACCGUCCCAGCCGCAGAGCCUGUCCCGCCCACCCUCGGAGCCCGCCCUGCACCCUUGCCCUCCCCCCCAGGUGCCCCCCACUCUGCCCGGCAUCUUCGUCAUCCAGAACCAGCUGGGCGUCCCCCCAGCCACAAGCACCCCCGCCCCCUCUGCCCCGGGCCCGCCCCAGCCCCCUCUGCGACCCCCAUCCCAACCCCUGGAAGGGCCGCUGCCCGCAGCCCCCCACGUCCCUCCCGCCUCCACCGCCGCCACGGCCUCCUCCGAGACGUCCUCCAGGCUGCCAGCCCCCACGCCGCCCGACUUCCAGCUCCAGUUCCCACCUGGCCAGGGGCCCCACAAGUCCUCCACGCCCCCUCCGACCCUCCACCUGGUCCCCGAGCCCACAGCGCCCCCCCCACCGCCUCCUCGGACCUUCCAGAUGGUGACCACCCCCUUCCCGGCGCUGCCCCAGCCGAAGGCUCUUCUCGAGAGAUUUCAGGUGCCGUCCGGAAUCCUUCUCCAGAGCAAGACCCCGCAGACCUCCGCCAGCCUGGGGCCCCUCGCCAGCCCCACUGCCUCCGUGCUGGUCAGCGGGCAGGCCCCAUCCGGGACCCCCACCGCCCCCAGCCACCCCCCUGCCCCGGCGCCCAUGGCCACCGCAGGCCUCCCUCCUCUGCUUCCUGCCGAGAGCAAAGCUUUUGCCAGCAGCCUCCCGUCCCUGAGUGUGGCCAAGGCGAUUGCAUCCGGGCCGGGGAAGUCCUCCGCGCUGCAGUAUGAGAGCAAGUUGAGCGGCCUGAAGAAACCACCCACGCUUCAGCCCAGCAAAGAAGCCUGCUUCUUGGAGCAUUUGCACAAACAUCAGGGCUCCGUCCUGCACCCUGACUACAAGACGGCCUUCCCCUCCUUUGAGGACGCCUUGCAUCGCCUCCUGCCCUACCACGUCUACCAGGGCGCCCUCCCCUCCCCUAACGACUACCACAAAGUGGACGAGGAGUUUGAGACCGUCUCCACGCAGCUGCUGAAACGCACCCAGGCCAUGCUCAAUAAAUACCGCCUCCUGCUCCUGGAGGAGUCCCGGAGGGUGAGCCCGUCAGCGGAGAUGGUCAUGAUCGACCGAAUGUUCAUUCAGGAGGAAAAGACCACCCUGGCCUUGGACAAACAGCUGGCCAAGGAGAAGCCAGAUGAGUAUGUGUCUUCCUCGCGUUCUCUCGGCCUCCCGGUCGCCGCCUCUUCCGAGGGACAUCGGCUCCCCGGCCACGGCCCACCGCCGUCCUCAGCGUCUGGGGCUCCGACCCAGCCCCCUCUGCACCUGCCCACCAAGCUGGUGAUCCGGCACGGGGGCGCAGGCGGCUCCCCUUCCGUGACCUGGGCCCGGGCGUCGUCCUCCUCCCUGUCCUCGUCCUCCUCGUCGUCCGCCGCCUCGUCCCUGGACGCCGACGAGGACGGCCCGAUGCCCUCCCGCAACCGCCCACCCAUCAAGACCUACGAGGCCCGGAGCCGCAUCGGCCUCAAGCUCAAGAUCAAACAGGAAGCCGGGCUCAGCAAGGUCGUCCACAACACGGCCCUGGACCCGGUGCACCAGCCCCCGCCGCCGCCCCCCGCCGCCCUCAAGGCGGCCGAGCCCCCGCCCCGGCCCCCGCCCCCGCCCCCGCCCCCGCCCACCGGCCAGAUGAACGGCACGGUGGACCACCCGCCACCGGCCACCCCCGACCGCAAGCCACCGGUCCCGGCCCCGCACUGCCCCCGCCUGCCCCUCCGGAAGACGUACCGCGAGAACGUGGAGGCCCCAGGUGGCGGGGCUGCCGAGGGGACGGCAGCAGGCAGGGCCCGGGGCAGCAGUCCGGCGCCUCUGCCCACCAAAGUGGACGAGGCCACCAGCGGGCUCAUCCGAGAGCUGGCGGCGGUGGAGGACGAGCUGUACCAGCGGAUGCUGAAGGGCGCCCCGGGCGAAGCCGGGGCUGCCACUGGGCAGGGCAGCGGCAGCCGGGAGCCCGGCUGGGAGGCGCCCCCGCUGCCCCCCGCCAAGCGGCGCAAGUCCGAGUCGCCCGAUGUGGACCAGGCCAGCUUCUCCAGCGACAGCCCGCAGGACGACACGCUCACGGAACAUCUCCAGAGCGCCAUCGACAGCAUCCUGAACCUCCAACAGGCCCCCGGCCGGACGCCCGCACCCCCGUACCCCCACGCUGCCCCAGCAGCCGUCACCCCUGCCUCCCCGUCGCCCCUGCACAGGCCGGAGGCCUACCCGCCCUCCAGUCACAACGGUGGCCUCGGCGCCAGGACGUUGAACAGAUAACACCGGGCUGAUGUUCCCUCUCCCGUCCCUUCGCUGCGCAGGGAUGCCGGGCGGGGGGCAGCCGUGCGUCUGACCUCAGCCUCCUGGGGGACACAAGCCGGGGACCCCUCCAGUUGUUCUUGCCUAAGUUAUUUGAGUCACAAAAGCCUCCUCCCCCACCUCCUGCUUCAGCCGGGUCAUUGGGUGGGGGUCGUGGAUUUCGGGGAGGGGGCAGUCAUGUACAAUGUCCCCUUGCCAAAGGAGGGCGUAAUCCUGUCAUUUCCUUUUCUUCCUAUUUCCUGCCACACUCCGCCCCUCCACUGGGGGACACGCGUGCAUUUGCCAGGGAUGAGGGCUCCCUGGCUGUCCCCACUGCUCACGCGUACACGGGUACCCCAGGUACCAGGCCUGUCCGUGUGGCUUCACGGAUCCGUGAGUGGAGGGUGCUCAGAGCUGGCAGGGUCCUUGGGAGCGGCGCUCAGCCUCUCCCCACCACUCCCUAUAGGCUGAGAGAGGAAGCGCAGGGAAGGGGCAGCGGGAGCCCGCGCCCCGGGCCGCCCCACCUGGGGCGCUGUGCCCGCGGGCGCCGGGGUCACGCCCGCGUGUGUGCGUCCCACUCCGUGUCCUUUGUCCCUCUGAGUGUGCUCGAGUAAGAGAGAGAUUCUGAAGCCUCCAGUCCCUCGACUGAAAUCCGAGCGCCUCCAAAACCGGAAAGCGGGGUCUUCCUGCCACCCCUUCCCCACCAGUCUUCCCUCUGUUCUUCCUGCCGCCAGCCACCCGCGCCAGAUUUUGAAAUCUUGGAGACAAAACUAGUACUGUAAGAUAAAUUUUUUUGUACUGUAUUUAUUGUGUAUAACGAUUUUUUUAAAGGAGAAUUCUGUACAUUUAGAACUCUUGUAAAUUAAAAA